UCCUGGUACAUCCUUUCUGGCAAUGGAACGAUCCAAGUAUAGGCAUCCAGCAAUGUUGGGAAAAGGGAAUCACCCAAGUAUAGGCAGGCAGCAUCCAAGCAAUCGUUAGCCAACAGCCACCAUCUUCCACCCUUCUCCUACCUUGUCUCCUAGCCCUCCACCCCAAUGCCUACCGUCCUCCAUUGACGCGACCUUUAUGUGUCCCUCUGCCCUCAACUCCUUCACCUUCUUUCCCCGCCAUUCCGAUGGUGGCCCCCCUUGCCUCCUAAACCCUUCACCCAGCAUUUCCAAGGACCAGGGCGGCCACCACCUCCCCUUCGCCGUCGGUAUUGCUGCCGCCUGCUUCGCCGGCAGCCCCGCUCGGCCGCCUUUCGGUCCUUGCGUCCCCCCUCUCUGGCGACAGACAAUGCCUUGCAACUGCGGCGUUGUCGUAGCCAUCUUUAUUGUUAUUAUCCUUGGUGCCGGCCAUGCCGUCACCGGCGCUCGCGUUGGCGCCAUGAUGAUCCGGCAGCCGUCCUCCUCGUCCGCCCAGAUGUUCAGGGAGGCGCCCGCGUUCUGGAACGGCGCUGAGUGCGCGGCGGACGGCGGCGGCCGGGUGGACAUCGCCAUGACGCUGGACGCCAACUACCUCCGCGGCACCAUGGCCGCCGUGCUCUCCAUCCUGCAGCACACGGCGUGCCCAGAGAGCAUGGUGUUCCACUUCCUCACCGCCGAGGUCGACGACGGCGGCCUCGCCGCCGCGCUGCGCGCCUCUUUCCCGUCCCUCGACCUCCGGGUCUACCGCUUCGACCCGUCGCGCGUCCGCGACCGCAUCUCCCGGUCGGUGCGGCAGGAGCUGGACCAGCCGCUCAACUACGCGCGCGUCUACCUCGCCGACACGCUGCCCGCCGACGUGCGCCGCGUCACCUACCUCGACUCCGACGUGAUCGUGGUGGACGACAUCCGGACGCUGGCCUCCGUGGACCUCGCCGGGCACGUGCUGGCGGCGCCGGAGUACUGCCACGCCAACUUCAGCAACUACUUCACCGACGCCUUCUGGUCGCACCUGGCGCUCAACGGCACGUUCCGCGGCCGCCGGCCCUGCUACUUCAACACGGGGGUCAUGGUGAUGGACGUCGUCAAGUGGCGCGCCGGCGGGUACACGCGGCGGGUGGAGGAGUGGAUGGCCGUGCAGAAGAGGCGCCGGAUCUACCACCUCGGCUCGCUGCCGCCGUUCCUGCUGGUCUUCGCCGGCCACAUCCGGGCGGUGGACCACCGGUGGAACCAGCACGGGCUGGGCGGCGACAACGUCGAGGGCCGCUGCCGGGGGCUCCACCCGGGCCCGAUCAGCCUCCUCCACUGGAGCGGCAAGGGCAAGCCGUGGCUCCGGCUCGACACCCGGCGGCCAUGCUCCGUGGACUACCUCUGGGCACCCUACGACCUCUACCGGUACUCGUCGCCGGUGAUCGAGGAGUGGUGA